CUACUUCGUAGCUCCAAAUUUUUCUUUCUUUCUCGAGUCUUGAGCCUGUGGCUCAUCCACCUCGUAUUUCUCACGUCUACAUGUUCCAUUCAUACGCACGAGUAGUAAGACCGUGAGCAACACAGUCAAGCGGCGUAGAAGGGUGGAACGACAUGUCGCUCAGAUUCUAUCAGACUCCCGGUCCGGAACGGCCAUGGCGCCCGCCGGUGAUGGACGAGGACUGCCGGCGCUACCGCCGCCGAGCAAAGCGGACCGACAAGUGGAUUCCGCCCCAGCUCGCCUUUGAAGAAGUGAUCAGGAAUAACACGGAAUCGCCGUGCUCACUAAACGACUUUGUCGACUAUCUCGUCUACGUCGAGCAGGACGCGGAACCGUUGCAAUUUUUCCUAUGGUACUGCGGCUACGUCCACUCGUGGACGACUCUCGCGCCCGAGCAGCGUGCUCUUGCGCCGCGAUGGGAUCCGGACCGCGGCAGGAAGCUCACUUCCAAGGAGAGGAGGGCCAAGAACUCGAGUAAAGUGAGCAACAUUCUCGAGAUGCUCGACGAGGAUAGCAGCUACGCCCAGGCAAAGGUGGGAGGGAACCAUACGCGGAACACGUCUUCGGCAACGAACUUCUCUCACCCUAGAGCAACUGGUCUCAGAGAUGGUGAAAAGGAAGAGGUUAAAGAGGGAACAGUGCCGCAAGCACCAGCAUCAUCGCAACCCUUCCGCGCAGACAUCGACGCUAUAACAAAACACUACAUCCACGCCGACGCCCCGCGCCGCCUAAACCUCACAAAAGACGACCGCACCGCCGUCCUCAAAGCAACAUCCUCGACAACGCACCCCUCGGCCCUCCUCCCGGCCUUUGAAAAAGCAGAGGCCCUCCUUCGCGGCAAACUCCACCCGGACUUCAUCCGCCACAGCAUGGCCAACGCGAACCGCGCCGCGACACACCUCCUCCGUCUCCUUGGUUUGACGUUGCUCACCCUCGGCCUCGGCCUCGACGUCGCGCUCAUCCUAUCCUCGUUCUCGCGAUACUACCGCCUCCUCUCUACACCUCUACUCUUCUUCGGUCUCGCGAUUCUCGUCGCGGCCCUCGACGGCGUCUCGUUAUCCCUCCACCUCGCGCGCAGACGCCACGUUCGGCCAUGGGAGGUCCCGGACUUGGAAGCCGGCAGGGGUGGUAACGGUGCGGGCAUGAUGUACAAGAACAAGAAGGAAAGAGUCCCUCACCGUCGCGCCGCGACGAGCGAGAGCGUCGCGGGCGCCGUGGACCCCCUCCGCAAAUCCGCGCUCUCGACGUUCGGCGCGGAGAAUUAUCUGUCCUUCAAGAGCGAAGAGUGGGUUUUGGCGUACGAGCGCCGGUGGCUGUGGCGGCGCGUGUUUGAGCGUAGCCGGGCGAGCCGGAACAAGCACCUCCGGAUCCUGCAGGACGGCGUCGUUGCGGGUGCGGUGUUGUGGGCUUCGCUGGCGACGAUUGGGGUUGGUGUUGGGUCAGUCUUUAUACCCUCGUAUCAUUUGUUUUGAACAAGGUUGGGUUCAUUGAAGGAAGGCAUUUACCUUGAGAGGCUUACACUUAUACCAUGGGUUCAUGACAGUCUUUUCUGGAGUUUGUGUGGAAGCACAAUGGGUGGCUGGCGAUUCAAGCAUUGGAUAUGUGGAUCUGCGGCAUCAUAUAAUACAAUACCAAGCUUUUAAUACUAGGAUUUUAUGACCUGUACUACGAUGGAUAAUCGCUAGUCAAGUGCUUCGUCCCUUGUGUCUACCGGAAGUAGAGAAGGCAGGAGCGAAAAUCUUGAGGUAUACCUUCUCUUGGGCUCCCCAAACCCUGCCCAGCCGAAUCGAAGUAUGACGAUGACCGUAGUAAAAAAAGAGGGGGUUAGCAAG